AUGAGCGCGCAAGAGCCCAACCCAACGAGCAGCGACAGCUGCUCCAAGAGACUUUGCGAGAGAUGCCAAGGCGCCUGCUUCGAUGACAGCCUCAACCGAGGCUCCAUUGCCCUAUCGCAAGGAUCCGAGAUGCUCAAAUUUCCCUCAAACUUGAACACAUACACCGCAGGUAAAGGCGCAAUUUUACCGUCCGAUUUCGAAUUCCACGACUGGCUACCUGAAUUGCCUCUCUUAUCCGCCUCGGCCGAAUGCUACUUUUGCUGCUUCCUCAGAUCGGCCAUCAUGGACUCUGAAAUAGGUUGCCAGUUUGAGGUGCAGGAAAUCUCCCUCAAGAUUGCUUAUGCGUGGUUGCCUCAAAACAACAACAUGCCAUUCGCUCUGUACGGGAUGUGUCUUGAGAUAUUCCGCCCUGGCUACAAGGAUGCCUUUGAAACGUUACGGUUCACUAUUGACUCACAGGAUGAACAAUGCCAAGGAUGGCUACGAGUGCAGUCAACACCAUCGCUAAAUUUUCUCACUCAAGAGAAAAUCAGCGAGAUGAGUGCUAAGCUCAACAAGUUCCCCCCAUCAACCUCGGACUUUUUUCCAACCCGCGUCAUUGACCUUGGCGCAGAUCCAGAGGGAGAAGAGCUCAAACUUGUAACGAAACAUGAGCGCCUUGACCAAUCGUACGCUGCUCUUAGCUAUUGCUGGGGCACUCCCAAAGAUGCAGAAACCCAAUUCAAGACCUUGAGGUGUAAUCUCCACGAUCGAUACCGGGGCUUCAAGCUCUCUGAAGUAUCCCCAGUGAUCAGAGACGCCGUGGUGGUAUGUCGGGCCUUUGGUGUGAGAUACCUCUGGGUCGAUGCCGUUUGCAUCAUCCAGGACGAUGCCUACGAUUGGGAACAAGAGUCUGCCCUUAUGGCUAUGCUCUUCAAGGAUGCUUACUUUGUCAUCGCCGCACCCGCAUCUGACUCGUGCAACGAGGGCUUCCUCUCCUUGACCAAGCCUUUCAUCCACCUACCAUUCCAUUCAAAGCUCAAACCAGGAAUUCAUGGAUCAUACCGCCUCGUACAGGUGCCACAUCCGGACAAGUUUGGUAACCCGGCCAUUUUCUACAAACUUGCAGUCGAAGAUUUCUUGUCAUCGAGGUGGAGGACCAGAGGCUGGGUUUACCAAGAAAGGGUGGUAGGGCAAAGGAUUCUUCUCUUUGGACGCAUAGGCCUCUCGGCUCAAUUCCAUAAAGACGAUAGCACCACCGUCUUCGCACAUUCAGCACAAAGAUACUUAAACUACGUUGGAUGGUUUCGAAUAAUGACGGGCUUUUCAGGCACUCGGUUAACACGUCAAACAGACCGGCUCCCGGCUAUUUCUGGUUUGGCCAAACUAUACCAAGAUGUGCUGCACGAUGAAUACCUGGCGGGAUUGUGGAGAAAUGAUCUUUGUCGAGGUCUUUUCUGGCAGGCCGAAUUCCCACAUCCCCACCGUCAGGAUCUCAUUACUUCCUUGGAGUCGCCAGAUCCAUACAUUGCGCCCUCAUGGAGCUGGGCCAGAGACAGUCGCUCUGUAUGUGUUUAUGGAAGCCAGAUUUUUGAUCUUUGGCAAGAAUUGGAAGUGCUGCAGCAAGAAUUUACACUCUUUGAUGCCAAGAUGGAUCUAGUUGGAUCCAAUCCGUAUGGCCGGCUAAGAAGUGGCAAGCUCACUUUGCGAUCAAAAGCUUCAGAGGUUCCAUCUGGUUGGGACUUUGUGCGGAAAUUUGACCAUCUCGAUAAUAAGGAGAGAAUUCAUUUGCGGCCUGACUGGAAAUGGUUCAAGGAGGGAGGAGCAGAUGCUGGAGGGCUCACCUUGUUUCUUCUCGGAAGUUGCAUCGUGAAAAGGCCACAGCCUUGCUAUUGCCACGAGCUCAGCGCUAACGAGGAUAGCCCAAGCGACGAAACACUUGGCAAUACAAAUGCCAAGGAAGAACAAGCGUUGGAUCUAGGCGAUUCGGAUCAGGUUGAGGAAGACGAUCAACGGCUGUGCUUAAAUUGCAAGAAGCAACUCGUUGUGUACGGGCUCUUGUUACAUCCCGCCAAAGAACCGGGCAGGUUCUUUCGGAUAGGCAUCUUUGUUUCAGAUCCCAAAACUCAUGUUCUCGGGGGCAUGAACCUUUGUCAGGACUGGGAGAGCAGAACAAUUGAGCUUAUCUGA